AUGAGGGUGUGUAACCGGGGUGUGAUGAUGCUGCUGACCACAGCGGGGGCUUUCUGCGCCUUCAGCCUCAUGACCAUCGCUGUAGGCACGGACUACUGGUUGUACUCCCGCGGGGUGUGCCGCUCCAAGAGCCAGAACGAUAACGACACCGUCCGCAAGAACGAGGAGGUCCUGACCCACUCCGGACUGUGGCGGACCUGCUGCACCGAGGGUAGGACGGCUAAAGCUGACAGCUGAGUUUAUAAAGUUUUAGUUCAUUAGGCCUACUGGUUUUCUGCUAAUGCAAGGUGACCAAAAAUCUGAACAGAACUUAAUACAUGUGCUUUAUCAACAUACAUAAGCUAACAAUCCCACUAUCAUAGAAAUAGAGCACAGGAACAACAAAGCUUUCAAAUGAAAAUAGUAAAACACUUAAAGCCAUGUAUAUGUAUGGGUGCCUUUGUAUAGAAAAUAUAGCCUAGUCAGUCAGGGAUAUUAAGAUAGUAAAAGAGUUUGUAAUGUUUCUUUUUAAUGCAGUAUUCCCUGUUUUUACAUUAACUAAGAGUGAAACAGCUUUAUUGUAUGGACAUAAAUGAUGAUACUGUAUAGCCUACUUACUUUAAUGCAUUUUGUAAAAGAUAGAUAGAUAGAUAGAUAGAUAGAUAGAUAGAUAGAUAGAUAGAUAGAUAGAUAGAUAGAUACUGAGGCAGCACCAAUUAAACACAGUACACAUUCUACUAACACUGUGACAAAUAAAAUAUCAAUAAAAACAGUCUAUAAGAAGACAUACUACGGUAAAUAGAUGCCAAAGUUUAAAAGUUGUCAAUAACUCAUCCUGUUUUUAAAAGGUUACCUAGAAAUGGUUAAUAGUAACCAUUACGGUACACAAGUAAAAAGAAAAGUCCCUGUAAAUUUAAGUCUUUCAAAGUCAGAUUAUUAGGUUUAGAGAAAACCACAGCUUAUCGUGACUUUAAGGUUGUUUAAUUAAUCCCACUGCUUUACAAGUUUGGGUUAGGUAUAUAUAGAUUGUGUAGUAAUGCUCACUUACAAGUGUCUCAAAAUUUAAACUAACAGUGCCAUAAAAUAAAAUAAACUCAGAGACACCUUAGAAUUUCAAAACGAGAACACUAAAGUUUGAGAAAUGUAGUUCAUAUUAGUGUUUUCUCAAAGUUGAAAAUUAGAGGUAUUGUUUUGAGUGAUCUGACGCAGAGGGGAAGUUUUUGAGCAAAAAGAGACUUUAUCCAGUUUCCAUUAAUCAGCCUUUUAAACAAAAGUGUUUAUUUACAAAUGAUCAAAAAAAUAUGUAUCUUCUGUAAAAGUUAUUGGAUCUACUUUUUGAUUUUUUGAAUCUUUUUAUGCCUUCUUAAAACUUACAAAAAAAAACCAAAAACAACAAAUCUUCAGAAAAACUCCACUCACGUACUCCGUCUUUAACUUAGAGUGAUUUAUUAUUUAAAUUGAAGUGGCAGGAGGGGGAGGGGUUUGAAUCUUGGAUAUGUAAUUUAUGGAAAUGACAUUUUCAAUUAUUUAACGCAUAUCACCCCUCUUUCACUUACCUUGUGAUUGCCAAUCUAAUUUUCUGAAAGAAAUGAAAAAGUUCAGCUCCAUUAUUUCUCUCAUUGUUAUCCCUCUGCUGCUCUCAUCCCCUCCCUCUGCUGCUGCUCCCUCUGACUCUCAGCCCAGUCUCUUAAUGGUUUAAUGGAUAGGUUAAAAAAAAAAAAAGAAAACGCCUGCAGCCUCUGUGUUUGUGUGUCAUAGCAGUGACUGGUCUCUAUGAAAAAGAAACCUGUCUUGAAUUAGUUUUUUAAAGAGACCUGUCAGGAUAAAUAUCAUUUUUCAGUAUAGGAUCACAAUAGAAGUAAUAAUUAAUGCUUAAGGCAUAAGUGGUGAGACAAAAUACAAAUCUAGCAAUAUAUUGUCAUUCAGCUCUGUGUGAUACAAUUACUGUGUAGCUGGUACCAAACAUCAACAUUCUGACUCAUAUCAUAACAUGUCGUAUCAUUAUCGUAUCACAUCAUAGAAUAAUAUGUAUCUUACUGUCUCGAUCUUGUGUUAUCUCGUGUCGCCUCUAAUUGUACUGCAACAUAUCGUAUAUCACAUUUCGUAUCAUUGCAUAUCGUAACAUAUCAUUCUUUACUGUAUUAAAUUUUAUUGCUGUGAUCGUCAACCUUAGGGUACAAACUCAGAUGGAGGUUUGUGAGAUAAUUCAUGAAGACUUCGUGAUGGUUGGGGAUAGAUAAAAAAAAAACACACAUUAAACAUGAAUUAGCAUAUUUUUUUAGACUUGGUAAUGGUUAUUAUGAUAAACCCACAAUACCAAAGUCUUACUUUGUUUUAGUGCUGUUUCAGACAGGCAGCAUGUUUGUUGUGUGAUAGCUACAGGUGAGGGCUCUCACUUAACCCAUCAUGGUACUCACAUGCAUAUUGCAACAUGGCUACAUGGGCCACAAACACCAAUGAUUCAAUUUUUGGAGGUUGAUAACCACUGUAGUAGUCUGUGACAUCAUAUCAUAUCAUAUCAUAUCAUAUCAAACAUUACAUACAAAAACAUAUCAUAUCAUAUACCAUCGUACAUGAUAUAUCAUAUCAGAUUGUGUUUUAUAUCAUAUCAUAUCAAACCAGAUACAAACCACAUCAUAUCAAGUUAUAUAUCAUACCGUAUCAUAUCAUACAUCAUACCAUAAAAUUGCAUCAAAUAGUAAUGUAUGGUAUAAUUUCAUCAUGUCGUCAAUUUUUUUAUUUAUCACAUUAUCAUAUCAUAUUGAAGGUGUUGUAUGAGGCCAUUACAUACAAUGUGUAUUGCAUCAUACUGUAAUGUUGUGUUUUAUAAUCAAUCUUAUCAUCUCAUUAUAUCAUAUCAUUUAAUCUCAUAUAUCAUGGCAUUUUAUAUCAUAAUAUCAAAUCAUAUCAUAGUGUGUCACAUAUUGUGAUUUUUCACCAUUUUUAAUAUUAUAAAGAUUACAACAGGACCAUGACCAGGACACACAAAAGAGAGCAUUUGUAAAAACUUGCUUUAUACAGACUCUAAUGAUGUCAAACAGUAUCUCCCAUGGUCAAAGUGCUGUGUAUCCUCUUUUUAUGUUAAGAUGAAACAGAAUUUAGUGAGGUUUGUAAAUGAAGAUUAAAAAUACUUUAGUAAAAAGAAAAAUCUUCUGCAUCUCCUCUUGGUGAGGAGAAACAUUGCAAAACAACUGUAAUCUCACUCUUUUUGUAUCCCCGCAGUAAUUAGAAUAAAAGCAGCAUCCUCAAUAGUUUGCUUUUUCUCUCUGACCUACUCAUCAGGCCUGAGUUGUAGCAGCUGAAUGAGUAUUGUUUUGGUAACUAUGGCGACUGAGUCACAGCAUCAAUAACUGGUCAAUCAGUGCGGCACAGAGGGACAUGAUUAUCAAUAAAUCUCUGUUUGAAAUGCUGAAAGGCACAGCUGGGCCAAAGGUUACUGGAAACAGGAAACAGCGUGCAGCUGGUUUAUGGGUGUUUGCAGGUUAUCACAGAGAUGGUCUGUUUGUUUAGAGUCUGGAUGAUUAGAGGGACUAUUAUUUGUGUAGCUUUUUACAGUCUGUUAAUGGGUUCCUGCCUUCACAAUCUCUUAUCAUAUUGGACAUGUCGGAUACAUUUCUAUUUGACAUCUGUAGAGCUCCAUUAGAAGCAGCGGGGCAAACCUUUCCAGAAAUAACAGGCAACACAAAAAUGGAAUACGGAAAAGAAAAACUUAAACUGAUUCAGUUUUAUUCACAGUAUGACAAAUAUAAAAAGCUUGGAAAGGCUGCUACGCUCGGUUGUGGUGCAUUUUCAUUAUGCCCAAGCAUUACUGAACUUUUGCAGGUGAAAAAGAAAUAAAUUACUCUUCCUUUGUGAGUCACAUCUCAAGGAAAACUGUGUUUUUGUUUUUAAGAAAAAUCAUGUAUUCCUCAAUGUAAAUGUCCAUCUGACUAUAAUGUGGUCUUGGAAGUACUUACAAAUUAAAUCAGUUCCUAAAGUUAAACAAGUUUACUCUCUGUGUGACACGUAUAGCUGGCGAUUACAAACUAUGUGUUAUCAGUGACGGUGCUUCAUUGUUUUUCUUAAUGAUUCUGCAGGGACAUUUCGAGGUGUCUGCAAAGACAUCGACCACUUUGCUGAGGAUGCAGACUAUGAGCAGGAUGCUGCAGAGUAUUUACUACGUGAGUGACAAAUGCCCUUUAGUAAAAUCUAUAAUGGAUGUCUCUUUGGUUGUUGUAAAUGCCUCACUCUAUCUUCUUCUCCUCCUGUCUUCAGGAGCAGUACGAGCCUCCAGCCUCUUCCCCAUCCUCAGUGUGGGAUUGUUAUUCCUGGGAGGUGUAUGUGUAGCUGCUAGUGAGUUCUACAAGUCCCGCUACAAUGUCAUCCUCAGUGCUGGGAUACUCUUUGUCUCUGCAGGUGAGAAACCAACUCCAUUUAAAUUGUGUACUGUCAAAUAUGAGCAAAAGUUGAAGGACACCCCCAAGAGCAUCAUCUUUGUCUUGUUAUUUGAACAUGAAUCCACCAUGAACAAACAUGUUGCAAAAGUGGAAUGGGAAAACUUCCUUCCAGUAGGCAGAAAAUUAAAGCAGAAAUAGACAUAUGGGUGGACGGGUAGGAACCAGAUUGGUCUGGGGAAAAAGUGGGACAGAGGGGGGGACAAAGCCAAACAGAGCUGAACUUUAAGUGACUCACAAAAAAUACUGAUAACAAAAAUGACCAUUAUUGAUGUUUUUAGGCUCCCUUUACAGAGUGCCUUUAAACCCGAUUUACAGAUUUAAAAGAGCCUUGUGUUUCUCACUCUGGUGUACUGAAAUAUCAUUACUUCAGCCUCCCUCUGAAACCUAAUGCAGCGGAGUUUCGCAGCUCAAGGAAGAACAUUUAUGAUCAUUACUUAAUGGAAAUGCAAUCAGACCGAGACGCUAAGGCAGAAGAAUGAUUGCGUCUGCAGUGCAAAAUGAUUAAUAUGAUGAUUAUUAAUUCAUGGAAAUGAUCCGCCGCACGCAGUGAUGGACUUGUCAGGGCUCCCCUCACAAACAAGCGACUGCUGGAGGACAGUGGGUGAGUUGUGUUUAGUCUCUAUGCUAAAAAAAAACAGGCAAACCUAUAAAGAUGCUUGAUGGAUAGUACUAUGGCUGGGACCCUAGUUAGGUGCUGUUCUGAGCAUUAUUUGUGGCUAUAGAGUGGCUUUUUGGUUGAGAUUUGCGCGUGGACUGGUAGACCGCUGUGUAUUGCUAUCCUACAGUCUUUAUUAAAGUUGGUAUAACUAGAGAAGCAAGCAGUCGGCAACAUUCAUCUGUAGAGGGGGUGUCUAACUCUGUGUUUGACUCUGACUUAAUUUUACGCCGGAAUAGCCCUUUAAGAAUUACAAUAUAAGAACAGUCACUCUUGUUAUUGAUGGUCUUGUUUGCUUUAAAAUAUAUAUCUAUAAAAGCAUCAUUAUAAACUUCAGUCUAUUUCAUUACAAUAAAAAAAUCUCCUCACAGGAGCUCUAUCUAUUAGUACUUGUAAUGUGUUUGUGGAACCAACCUGUUGCUGUUUUUGCAGAGUAAAUUAAUCCAUGUUUUGUUUUGUCUGCCUGUUCGUCUUCUUUUGUUUUUUCUUUUAUUUUUCUAACUGUAACUAUUUCUGUCUGUCUUUUUCCUUUUCCUUUUCUGUCUUACAGUCCAUUUUACUGCUGUCUAACUCAGCACCCCAGCCUCUCUGUCAGUCAAUCUGUCUGUCCGUCUCUCUAGCCUUUCAUCUGCCAGCUCACCCAGUCUGUAGAAGCAGAUAACUUUUCAUCGUUGGCUGUGGUUCUGUUUGUAGUUUUUGCCAGUUUUCCCUUGACAAAUGUUUGUUCUCUGUAAACCAAAUGAGUUAUGUUUGCAUGAAAUGUGCAUUAUUAUUGAUUUGAGCAGCACUUCUAUACAAACGUUAACUUAGCGCUACUUGGAUUGAAUGGAUAGAUAUAUAAUAUAAUUGUGUAUAUCUGAUAAAUAAUAACCUGUUUACUCUCUCAAGGUCUCAGCAACAUUAUUGGCAUCAUUGUGUACAUAUCAGCCAACUCAGGUGACCCCAGCCAGAGCGACAACAAGAAGAGCUACUCGUACGGCUGGUCGUUUUAUUUUGGAGCUCUGUCCUUCGUGCUGGCUGAGAUGGUGGGCGUCCUGGCUGUGCACGUCUUCAUAGAAAAACACCGGCAGCUGCGCACCAAAGGCCGGCCAUCCCUCAUGAAGCCGCCUGCCUCCCGCAGCUCAUCUUACUUUCGCAACCGUUACUACCAGAACUGCGGCCGCAGGUACAGCAACAGAAGCAACCACAGUUUGGGGGACCCUAACUCUCACUCCUUUCAAACGUCCCUGGUGCGAGACAGAGAGCCAUCGCUUUCAAAUGAGUCUAAGAUCACAAUGGCAGGUUUGCCUACACCUGUGACAAUGGGGUCAGAGUACAUGCUCUAUACUUUGGCAUCGCCUCUCAAAGAUGGUAAGAUUGACAUGGAUGUGGAGGAUUUAACUAAUGCAGCUGCACACAACAACACAGAGAUACUGCCUGGAAACUGUGCAGCCAACAGAAGGACGACGCCUGUCUGA